AUGAUAUGGCCAGAGCGAAGGCCAAGGGCAAGAGAGGAAUUUGAGCGUAUAAUUCGUUUACCACCAACAGCGGUGCCCAUAAUUUCACCGGCGCCAUCCACAGCUACCGAUAUAUUCUUGAGCAGCACUCGGAGCGUUGUUAAUGAAGUUGAAAAUAAACCAGAUCCUGAAGUCGAACAAGCAUUCAUAGGUGGAUCAUCUCCAAAGGAGGCAGCCGCACGAGUCGACCCAUCAGCUUUUGUGCUCUAUUAUCGAAUUGAUGAACCGCUUAGCGACAAAGCUUAUCUCUACAUGGCGUACAAAAACAAUCAAGGACAGCCUUUUCACUUCCCAUUGACUUGCAGAAAGGCGAAACAUGACGACGGUAGCGAAUCUACUUACUGGCGAGUAGAGUAUGGCGACCCAGAAGCCAAAGAAGUUGGUAUAGUUCUGGCGAGAACUGGUCCCCUAGCUAUGUGA